AUGGGAAAGGAUUUCUACAAAAUCCUGGGUGUUGGGAGGACUGCCACUCAGCACGACAUCAAGAAGGCCUAUCGGAAGCUUGCAAAACGCUACCACCCCGACAAGAACAAGAGCCCGGAUGCGGAGGAAAAGUUCAAGGAGCUGGGCAAAGCCUACGAGGUCCUCAGCGACAAGAAGAAGCGGGACAAGUACGACAAGUCUAGCAAGGAGGCGCCCAAGGACAACGGCGGAGGAGGCUUCGGCCCGGGGCGUCCAGGAGGCUCCGGCCCCAGGGGUCCAGAAGACCAGUCCGACACGUACCACCCUCGCAGCAACCUGAUAACCGAGUUUUUUGAUUGGUGCUUCAACGGAAAAUACUUGAUAACGAAAAUUUUCAUGUCCUCAGCCGCUGCAGGGGCACACUGAAUUUACUUGAUCGAAAAGGCGAUUACGCCUCCUUAAACCAG